AUGGCAAGCUCCUGCUCGGCAACAGUUUUCAACACUUUACGCCACCGCUCCAAAGCUUACAAAUUUGCCUCAGAAAAUACAGCAGAAUCAUUGCAAUUCUUCUGUAAUUUCACGAGAGAUGAAGGCGCAGUCGACCAACGCGGCGACACAGUCCUCCACCUUCUGGCCAUCAAAGGGAAUGUGGCCGCCUUGCGAAACCUACUUCGGGCAGACCACUUGGUCGACGAAAUGCUCCUGAGAAAGAAUGCCAACGGCAACACAGCGCUGCAUGAAGCUGCGAUGUCUGGUCAGAAGGGUGUGGCGGAGAUCAUGGUGACGAAGAAGCCAGAUUUAGUUUUCGAGCGGAAUAAUUCGAACGAGACGCCUCUUUACCUUGCUGCUGCGUUUGGAAAGAGAGAAGUUUUCACAUUUCUGGAAAGCAAAAAUAGCAAUUGCAGGAUAAGGAGGCACGAUGGCUCCACCAUUCUUCAUGCUGCCAUUGAGGGAGAACAUUACAGUUUAGCAAUUCACAUCUUGGGAUCGUACCCUGAUCUUGCUGACAAACAUAAUGAAAAGGGCAUGACUGCUUUGAAUUUGUUGGCCACAAAAUCAUCUUCUUUCAAAAGCAAGUCAUCGUAUGUGUUGAAUGAUCUGAGCAGGACACCCUUCAUUCCUUGGCAGAUGCUUGAAGCUGUGGCAUACAAGUCAGUUAUAAAAACAAAGAUUGACGAGAAAGUUUCGGAGUCUGAAUUGGCUGGUAAUGUUGGUAUCUCAAAGGUAGAAAAGCCAUUUUUCAUCAGAGUUAUCUUAGGUUACUGGUUUUUCGGAAAAAUUUACGAUGCGAAGCAACAGCAUGAAGUUGUCAAAAAGCUGGCACAAAAAUUGAUAGAAAAAGAAGAUUGGAGUCAUUACAUUGACUGCGAAAGUAUAGGUCCCGAAGUCAGCUCAUUUGGGAUUUCUUCAAGGAAGAAGAAUAAGGUACCCGACCCGCUCAUACAGGCAACAACGUUCGGCAUUCAUGAGUUGGUAAUGGCGAUCCUCCAAAAAUAUCCCGAGGCUGCAGACUCCUUUGACGAGAAUGGAAGGAAUAUAUUGCAUAUAGCGGUGGAGCAGAAGCAUAGAUUUCUUUAUCAAUACUUGAUGAAUUCUUUGGCUUAUAAAGAUAGGAUGCUGGCGGAUAUUGAUAAGCAAGGGAACACCAUCUUGCACCUCGCAUCGUAUGUCGAAAAUCCUGCUAGUUCUCAUCCUAAAAUCAUAGAUGUUGCUAGUCAAUGGGGAGUCGAUUAUCAUGUCGGAACGAAGCGGGGAAGUGUUGAAGUGAUAAACCAGAUGAGUUGGGAUGUGCUUUGGUUCAAGCGCGUAAAGGAUGACUCUUAUCCACACUUACGUCAUCUUCGAAACAUGGAUGGAAAGACAGCAGAGGAACUAUUCGAAGAAAAUCGCUCAUCUCUUCGAGUAGAAGCAGAGAAAGCAGCAAAACACGUGAGUGCUAACUUAAUAAUCGUCGCCAUCCUCAUCUGCACAAUUAAUUUCGCAGCACUUUUCACUGUCCCUGGUGGCUUCAAUCAGAAUACCGGGGACCCCAUUCUCCUCUCCGAUCAUUGGCAGGAAAUGCAGUUCUUCAUGGUUUACAUAGGGUUAGCUCUGUUCUUUUCCUUUCUCUCCUUGGCAAACCUCGUGCUAAUGCAAGUAUCGCGGUUCGACACCAAUGAUUUUCACAUUGCAGUUCCAGUAAAAUCCAUAGUAGCCUCCCUCACAAUUAUGUACUCCACCGGCUUGUCUGCCACCGCUUAUUUCCAAGGCUAUAUACUUGAGAGCAAGCCGGGGACCUUCAUAGCCACCUUUAUGAUCUUGUACAUGUUCGUUGUUUGGUAUGUGUUGGCCCUCGUAAUGGUAGACACCACUUUCUCAACUUUCGAUUACAUGUACUAUGCCCUUCUCCAUUUGAUUGCUUAUAAAAGUCAGGGCAUAUAG